AUGGCCAGUCUCUUCGCACCCGCCCCCGAACCCCCAACCGAGCUGGGCCGGUACCGCAUCCUCUCCUCGACCGCCGGUAUCCGUGUCUCCCCCCUCCAGCUGGGCGCCAUGUCCAUCGGCAGCGCAUGGAACAACUUCAUGGGCUCCAUGGAUAAGGAAGCCUCCUUCAAGCUCCUCGACGCCUACUAUGAAGCCGGCGGCAACUUCAUCGACACCGCCAACAAUUACCAGAACGAGGAAUCCGAGACUUGGAUCGGCGAGUGGAUGGCGUCGCGCAAGAACCGCGACCAGCUUGUGCUUGCGACCAAGUUCACCACGGACUACAAGUCGUAUGACUUGGGUAAGGGUCGCGCGCCGAACCACUGCGGUAACCACCGCCGUAGUCUGCACAUGAGCGUGCGGGAUUCGCUGAAGAAGUUGGGCACGGACUGGAUUGAUGUGCUGUACUUGCACUGGUGGGACCACACGACUUCGAUCGAGGAGAUUAUGGACAGUCUGCAUAUUUUGGUUGAACAGGGUAAGGUGCUGUAUUUGGGUAUUUCGGACUCGCCCGCGUGGGUGGUUUCUGCUGCCAAUACCUACGCGCGCGCGCACGGCAAGACACCCUUCAGCAUCUACCAGGGACGUUGGAACGUGCUGCUGCGCGACUUUGAGCGCGAGAUCAUUCCCAUGGCGCGACACUUCGGCAUGGCCCUGGCGCCGUGGGAUGUGCUUGGCAGCGGCAAGUUCCAGACCAAGAAGGCGAUCGAAGAGCGGAAGAAGAAGGGCGAAGGACUGCGGACAAUGCUCGGUACCGGUGAACAGACCGAGGAGGAGGUGCGGAUGUCCGAAGCACUGGCUAAGGUGGCCGAGGAGCAUGGCAUUGAAUCAGUGACUGCCAUUGCGCUGGCGUAUGUGAUGGCCAAGACACCCAAUGUGUUCCCCUUGGUCGGUGGACGGAAGAUCGAGCAUUUGCACGACAACAUUCAAGCGUUGAAGAUCAAACUUACUCCGCAGCAGGUCGAGUACCUGGAGAGUGUGCGGCCGCUGGACCCGGGAUUCCCCAACACGUUUAUUGGACCGGAUCCCAAGGUAACGGGACAGGCAAGCUUUUUGUUGGCGGCAAACUCACAGCUGGCGUUUGUGCGGGCUCCUAGACCUAUUGGAUUGGAGUAA